AUGCGGCGGCCACCCCAACCACCCGUAUUCUUUGUUCUCGCGGUCGCAAAGCGCUGGCACGAAAAGGCAUGGGUAGGUAGGGUCCAAAUGCAGACACCCACUCAAGGGUCUUCAUGUCCGACCCUGCGUGACCUCAAAGUGUUCGUAAUGCUGCAACAACUGUUCCCACAGCCGCACUCGGUGUCGUAUGCCUGCAUGCUCCCCUCCCCCACCCCGUCAGACCAGUCAUCAUGCUCACAGUUUUAAGCUAAACAAAGCCCUCGAGUUUUCUGACUGGCCUGAACUGGCCACUAGGCGAGGGUGGUGUUGGCCUUGGACGGCGCCUCUUCAAGCGGCUGCCGUCGAGACAUGACCACCGGCCCACUAUCGCAACCGGUAACCUCCCCCCCCCCAAGCCCUACUACCCUAGGCUAUCUGAAAUGUAUUCACGUGCCCUGUGUUUGUUCAUUGUCCGAGUCACAUGAUAGGACGCAUGCAUGGAUAAGCAUACACGAGCUGCAAGAACCACCCCUACGACAUGGUGUGAUGGCGUUCUAGUCGCAUUUAACCACAGCAUGAAUUCUCCUAACUUCCACCUAAACGCACUUUCCCACCUCGGUAAGCCGGUGACCAGCCCUCCGGGUAAACUGGUAAGCCAGCGUACGGCCUUCCGAGAUGUUAACCGGGUAAACGGAUAAGAAAUCACCUCGGUACCGCUGGCAUCACUACCACUACCCCAUCGGUAGAUGCAAGAUUUGCGCAGCGCAUACUACCUGAAAGACUGUUACUGCCAAUGGAUUUGCAACUAACACUACCGCUAGUAGCAGUGCCACUGUUAGUGAAAAGACAUACUGCGGAUGCUCGCAAUGCUUCUACUACUACUAAUACUACCACUAUUAUUACUAACACUACUACUAGUAUCACUACUGAUACUACCACUACUACUACCAGCACCAAUACUACUGCUACUAAUACCACUACUAAUAAUACUACUACUACCACUAUUACUACUAAUACUACUACUACUGCUACUAAUACUGCUAUUACUAGAAGUAAAACUACUAGUAAUACUACUACCAACACCACUACUAAUACUACUGCUAAUACCAACAAAACUACUAUUACUAAUGCUAAUACUACUACUAAUACUACUAUUGUUAAUACUACUGUUAAUACUACUCUUACUAACACUAAUACUACUAUUAAUACUACAAGUACCACUACUACUACUAAUAAUACUAAAAGUAAAAUUACUACUACUAAAACGAAUCAAAUAAUACUACUACUGAUACUACUAUUACUACUACUACUACUACUACUACUGCUUUUAAUACCAAUGCAAAUACUACCACUACAACUACUAUUACUAACACUACUAUUACUAUGACAACUACUACUACAAUUACUACUACCGCUACGACUACUGUUAGUAACACAAAUACUAAAACUACUGCUAAAACUAAUGCUAAAAAAACAACUACUACUAACACCAGCACUACUAAUACAAUAACCAACAAUACUACUACUACUACUACUACUACUACUACUACCAGCACCACUAAUACGGCCAAUAAUACCAUUACUACUAUUGCUAACGGUACUAAUAAUACUACUAGAAAUACUACUGAUACUACUUAAACUGCGGCUACUACUACCAAUAUUACUACUAUUAUUACCACAAUUACUACUACUACCAAUAUUACUACUACUACUACUUCUACUACUACUACUACUACUACUAUUCUACUACUACUAUUCUACAACUACUACUACUACUACAGCCACGACUACAGAAAUAACUACUACUACCACAAUCAGCAACACUACUACUGCUAUCACUACCACUACUACUAUUACCGCUACUAAUACUUUGCUGCUAAUGCUACGGCUACUACUACCACUAUUACUACUAUUAACGACAGUACUAUUAAUAUUAAUAAUACAAAAAUUACUAAUACUACAACUACUACUGCUAACACUACUACCACUACCACCAACAUUAUUACUACCACUACCACCAACAUUACUACUCCUACUACUACUACUAUUACUACUACUGCUACUAUAACUACUAAUAUUGCUAAUAUUACUAUUACUGCUAAGACUAAUACAACUAUCGCUGCUACUACUACUACUACUGCAAAUAAUACCAAAAGUACGUCGAUUACUACCAAUACCACGACUACUACUACUACUAAUAUCACUGGUACUUAUACUACCAUUACUACUACUACCACCAAAAUUACUACUAACACAACCACUAACACCACUACUAAUACAACCACCGCUAAAAUUAUUGCUAUUGCUACUACAACCAACUGUAUAUUACUGCCAGUAAUACUAACAGUACUACAACCAAUAAUGCUACUAAUAAUAUUACUGAUACAAUUCUACUAGGACUAAUGCAAAUACUACUACUAAUAGUACUGGCAAUACUGCUACUACGAAUACUGCUACUACUAAUAAUACUACUACUACUACUACUACUACUAAAGCUACUUCCACCGCUGAAAUUGUUGCUAUUACUACUGCUAAUGCUAACAAUACAACAACCUCCAUUCUACUACCACGAAUACUAACAGUACUACUACAACUACUAAUACUACUACUAACAGUAAUACUACCAAUAGCACAAAUACAACUACCAAUAACAAUACUAAAACAAACACCAACAAUACUACUAAUGCUAACGCUAUUGCUAGUACUACUACUACUACUACUACUACUACUACUGCUACUACUACUAGUAUGACUACUACUACUACUAUAAUCCCACUACAACAGUGGCUGCCGCUACCAAUAUUACUAAUAUUAUAUCAUCAAUUACGACUAAAAUUAAUACCAAUACUAAUACUACUACUACUACUACUACUACUAAUACAACUACUACUUAUACAUAAAAUACUGCUACUACUAAAUCUAAAACCACUGCUGCCACGUCCACUACUACAAAAACCAACAACACUAAUGCUAAUAAUACUACUACCAGCACCAAUACCACUGCUACUACUAACACUACUACUACUGCUAAUACUGCUACUGCUGCUUCUUCUACUACUACCUCUACUACUGCUGCGGCUAACGCCAUAUUACUACAAAUAACACUACAAAUACAAAUACUACUACUACUACUAAUACUAUAAAUGCUACUACUACUACCACUACUACUACUAACAGCAAAAAUGGUAAUACUACUACUACUAAUGCUACUACUACUACUGCUAAAACUACUACUAAUACGACUACUACUACUGCUACUACUACUAUUUCUACUACUACAAUCACUAUACAAGCAUCACUACUACUGCUACUACUAACAAUAAUAAUGCUACAACCACUAGUACUACUUCUACUACUACUACCACCGCUACUACUAAUACUAGUAAUAUUAGUACUUUUACCGAUACUACUACAAUGACCGCCAUACUGCUAAUACUACUACUACUACUACUACUACUACUAUCUCCCCUGCCCCUUAAACAACUACAACUACUACUACUACUACUACUACUACUACUACUACUACUACUACUACUUUUACUAACACUAAUAAUACCAUGAGUACUACUACGAAUUCUACUGCCAAUACUACGACCACUACUACCAUUACUACCACUACUACUACUACUACUACUAAUAUUACUAAUACUACCAACGCUACUACUACUGCUGCCACCACCACAACAAUAAUACUACCACUAAUACAACUACUACUACUACCACCACUACUAAUACCACGGCUAAUGCUACUGCUGUUACCACCACUAAUUCUACAUCCACCACCACUGCUACUACUACUACCACUAAUAAUACUACUACUACUACUACUGCUACGAACACUACUACAACUAAUCAUAGUAAUACUUAUAAUACUUCUACUCCUAGUAUUCAUACUACUAAAACUAAUACUACUAAUACUACUAAUACUACAACUACUAAAACCACCACUGCUACUACUAACACCACCAAUACCACUAAUACUUCUAAUAUAAAUAUUACAACCUUUACUACCGCUGCUAUUACUACUACUACUACUACAACUACAUAUACUACUACUACUUCUAAUACAACUACUACUACUACUAGUAAUUCUACUGCUUCUACUGCUAGUAAUACUGCUACCCUUGAUAAUAAUUCCACUUCGCUGAUGACACCACGACUACCACAAUUAAUAAGGGAAAUAUUGAUAUUUGUAGUACUUCGAAUAAGACUACUACUACUACUACUGCUACCACUACUACUACUACUACUACUACUACUACUUAUACUACUACUAAUACUACUACUAAUACUAAUAAUAAUACUAAUACUGCUGCCCCCACCACCGUAAUACUACCAAUAAUACUACUACCACUAAUACUACUGCCACUACCACUACCACUAUUACUAGUACUAAUACAACUACUACUACUACCACUACUACUACCACUACUACUACUACUACUACUACUACUAUAACUACUACUAUUACUGCUACAACUUCUGCAACUACUACUACUACUACUACUACUACUACUACAACUACUACUACUGCUACUACAACAACUACUACUACUACUACUACUACUACUACUACUACUACCAGCCCCUGUAUUUCUGCCGCUACUAUUAUUAAUACUACUACCUAUACUGCUACUACUACUACUAAAACCGCUAAUACUAAUUCUUCUACUACUACUCGUUCCACAGCUGCUAAUACAAAUGCGGCUACUUCCACCACUAAUAAUGCUAUUAAUACCACUAUUACUACUAUUGCAAAUACUACUAUUGUACUACUACUACUACUACAACUAAUACUACAACUAAUACUACUGAAACUACUACUACCAGCACCACAAAUACUGCUACUGCUACCACUCAUACUACUACUGCCACUACUAAUUCUAGUACUACUACAACUAAUACUACUACUACUACUACUACUAAUACUACUACUACGACAUCUAUCACUAAUUCAACUAGUAUUACUACCACUAAUGCUACUACUAGUACUACUAAUAAUACUACUACCACCGCUACUA